AUGCGAGAACGGAGCAACCCACCCCAAGAGAAGAAAAUAAAUGCGGAGGAAGCAAUGGCUCGCUUAGCUACAACUCAAACGCAGUUCAUGAAUGAAACUCGCACUAGCCUGCAAAAUCAGUCUGCACAAAUCAGGAAUUUGGAGGUUCAGUUAAGUCAAAUGGCAGGUAUGCUAACAGAGAGACAACAAGGAAACUUGCCUAGCACAUCUGAGGCAAAUCCAAGAAAGAGUGGCAAUGAACAAUGUAGUGCAAUUACUUUGAGGAGUGGAAAGGAAUUGAAGAUGCCAGAGAAAAAUUCUGAGUCUGUAGAUCAAAAUCAUGAUCAAGAUAACCGUGAACACAAUAAAUCUGAAGCUCCGAUUGAAGCACCAUUAUCUCAAGAUAGAUUUACAAGAAUCCCCUUUCCUCAGCGCCUGAAGAAGAAUAAACUUGACCAGCAGUUUGCUAAAUUCUUAGAUGUAUUCAAGAAGCUUCACAUUAAUAUCCCAUUUGCUGAAGCUCUUGAACAAAUGCCAAGCUAUGUGAAGUUCAUGAAAGAAAUUCUUUCAAACAAAAGGAAGCUUAAGGAUUAUGAGACAGUCGCACUUACUGAAGAAUGCAGCGCAAUCUUGCAAAAGAAGUUGCCACCCAAACUCAAGGAUCCAGGCAGUUUUACCAUCCCAUGCUCGAUUGGGAAUGUGGUGUUUGAGAGGGCAUUAUGUGAUUUGGGAGCAAGUAUCAAUUUAAUGCCAUUAUCAAUCUUCAAGAAGCUUAACUUGGGAGAAGCGCGGCCUACUACAGUCACUUUGCAACUAGCAGAUCGUUCAUUGAAGCAUCCCAGGGGAGUAAUUGAAGACGUUCUUGUCAAGAUAGAUAAGUUCAUAUUUCCAACUGAUUUCAUUGUACUUGACAUGGAAGAAGAUAAAGAUAUUCCAAUUCUGCUUGGCAGACCAUUUCUAGCUACUGGGAGAGCACUUAUUGAUGUGCAAAAGGGGGAAUUAUGUCUUCGGGUCCAAGAAGAAGAAGUGACUUUCAAUGUUUUUGAUGCUAUUAAAUAUCCUCAAGCAAGUGAUUGUUGCUUUUCGAUUGAUGAUAUGCAGGUAAUACUACCAAACUCAGUGAAAUUACAAGAUUCCUUGGAGGCCAGCUUAACUCAAGAGUGUAUUGAUGAUAUAGAAGAGAUGGAGGUGAAAGAAUAUCUAGAGUGGAUGGAUUCUUUUGAGCCAAAUAGGAGGAAGUACUUUGAACCAUUGGGACAAAAUCCUAUAUGUCUCAUUCCAUCUAUUAACAACCCACCAAUUCUUGAAUUAAAACCUUUACCAACACAUCUCCGUUAUGCAUAUUUGGGAGAAUCCACUACCCUACCGGUGAUUAUUUCAUCAUCACUUUCUCUUAAAGAAGAAGACAAGCUAUUGAGAGUCUUGAGGGAGCACAAAUCAGCAAUUGGAUGGUCAUUAGCUGAUAUUAGAGGAAUACGACCAUCUAUGUGUUAUAAUCAAAUUGCCAUUGCUCAAGAAGGCCAAGAGAAGACCACCUUUACAUGUCCAUAUGGCACAUUUGCCUUCAGAAGGAUGCCAUUUGGACUAUGUAAUGCGCCAGGCACUUUUCAAAGAUGUAUGAUGGCAAUUUUUUCUGACAUGGUGGAACAUAUAAUUGAAGUUUUUAUGGAUGAUUUCUCUGUUGUUGGAAGCUCAUUUGACAAUUGCUUGGAUAAUCUACAAUUGGUGCUGAAACGAUGUGAAGAAACCAACUUAGUGCUGAAUUGGGAAAAAUGUCACUUCAUGGUUCGUGAGGGUAUAGUAUUGGGUCACAAAAUUUCAUCCAAAGGCAUUGAAGUUGACCGAGCAAAGAUUGAAACAAUUGGAAAGUUACCACCCCCAACAUCAGUUAAAGGAGUUCGGAGUUUCUUGGUCAUGCUGGAUUUUAUAGAAGGUUUAUCAAAGAUUUCUCCAAGAUCGCCAAGCCAUUAUCUCAUCUUCUUGAGAAGGGAGUCUCUUUUGUGUUUGAUGAAGAAUGUAAACGGGCUUUCUUUUAUUUUUGAAGGACAAAUUAGUAUCAACACCCAUAGUUGUGACUCCAAACUGGGAAUUACCAUUUGA